AUGCUCUACCGUAUUGCGGCCCGCCAGGCUGCGCCUCUGCGCCGCCAGGCUUUUGCUCCUGUCGUCCGUCGCUCUGUGACCACCGACGCCGCUACCGCGCACGCGGAGAACGUCCCGCAGGAGGAUGACAAGCCCUUCACCGUUCGCCUCUCCGAUGAGAGCUUCGAGACCUACGAGCUCGACCCUCCUCCGUACACCUUGGAGACUACCAAGAAGGAGCUGAAGCAGAUGUACUACGACAUGGUCUCAGUUCGUCGCAUGGAAAUGGCCGCCGACCGUCUGUACAAGGAGAAGAAGAUCCGCGGUUUCUGCCACCUGUCAACCGGUCAGGAAGCUGUCGCUGUUGGUAUUGAGCACGCUAUCACCCGCCAGGACAAGGUUAUCACCGCCUACCGUUGCCACGGUUUCGCUUUGAUGCGUGGUGGUACUGUCAAGUCCAUCAUUGGUGAGCUGCUUGGUCGUCGCGAGGGUAUCGCGUACGGCAAGGGUGGCUCCAUGCACAUGUUCGCUGAGAACUUCUACGGUGGAAACGGUAUUGUUGGUGCGCAAGUCCCCGUCGGUGCCGGCCUUGCUUUCGCCCAGCAAUACAACGAGCAGCCCAACACCUCCAUCAUCCUGUACGGAGAUGGUGCCUCCAACCAGGGUCAAGUCUUCGAGGCUUUCAACAUGGCUAAGCUGUGGAACCUUCCCGCCCUCUUCGGCUGUGAGAACAACAAGUACGGCAUGGGUACCUCCGCCGCCCGCUCCUCCGCCCUGACCGAGUACUACAAGCGUGGUCAGUACAUUCCCGGUCUCAAGGUUAACGGCAUGGACGUCCUGGCCACUAAGGCCGCCGUCCAGUACGGUAAAGACUAUGCUGUGUCCGGCAAGGGUCCCCUUGUUUUCGAGUACGUCACCUACCGUUACGGUGGCCACUCGAUGUCCGACCCCGGUACCACCUACCGUAGCCGUGAGGAGAUCCAGCGCAUGCGCAGCACCAACGACCCCAUCGCCGGUCUUAAGCAGAAGAUGCUCGAGUGGGGUGUCACCUCCGAGGAGGAGCUCAAGGCCAUCGAUAAGUCCGCCCGUAACCACGUCGACGAGGAGGUGGCCAUCGCCGAGAAGAUGGCCGUCCCCGACAACACCAGCCGUAUUCUCUUCGAGGACAUCUAUGUCCGUGGCUCCGAGCCCCGCUGGAUGCGUGGCCGUACCGUCGAUGAGACCUUCUACUACUAG